AUGAUAAUGGAAUCCCAUAAUUCUAAAUCUUCAUUGUCUGAAAAAAGGGAAGAUAGCAUUGAGGAAUUAAAGAAUAAAAAUGCAGGUAAAAAUGUUUUUGAAACAUUGCUAAACAUUUUUUUAGAGGAAAAGGAGAGUAACAGGAUAAAAUAUGAAGAUUUGUCUAAUCAUAUUGAUAAAUUAAAGGUAUAUUUUGAUGAAAAAAUUAACGUCCUUAAAGAUAAUACUCAUGAAAAUUUGGAAGAGUUAAAAUAUUACUUAGAUCAGUUAAAUAAAAAUAUUAAAGAAAAUGCAGAAAAAAAUAGUACAUACAACGAUGAUUUUGAUACAAUAAGAAAUGAAAUGUUACAUUUAAAAAAACAAAAAGAGGAUGACAUCAACCUUAUGAAAUCCAGUAUUCAAGCAUACUCCACCAAAAUAAAAAAUGUAUAUUGCAUAUUUAAAAAUAUAGUUGUACUAUUAGAAAUGAUAAGUAUUAUGAACAAAAAUAUUGAAACCAUAAAGGAAGAGCUUACGAAUUCUCAAGAAAAUAUUAAAAUUGAAAGCAAAAAAAAAUAUAUUGAAAUUCUAGAAUUAAUAAACAAUGAAAAUGAUAGCAUAAACAAAAAAAUUAAGCAGCCCUUUGAUGAGCUAAAUAAUGAUAUAAAAGAUAUUAAAGAAUACAUUCGAGGGGUUAAAGACAGUCUAGAAAAUGAAAUAAAGGAUAUAAAAUCCGCAAUUAGUACAAAUAAAAAAUCGAUAGAUGAAAAAAUAAGUCCAAUAACUAUAAAUCAAAAGAGACUCAUGAAUGAUUUCUACCCUACUGAAAAAAGUUAG